AUGGUUCUUAAAGCACUGACACGUAAAAGCGUAACAAUUAGUGUUAUCCUGUUCGGAGGAGUUUUUGGUGGAGCUCUUGGCCUUUAUAUUCGAGAUAAUUGGGAUAUUGAAGCCAGGGUAAGUCUGAGAUGAAUUUUGCUCAUUUGGUGUUGGGUAAGAUAGAUGUUUAACUUAGGUUUAUAAAUGGAUGGAAAUUAAGAUUUAUUAUUGUUAGAAUAAAUUCUCAGUUUCUUUGAAGUUUUUUCUGUGCCUUUGAGGGCUUCUAUUGAUUUCCCAGGUAAUUGUCUCAAGAGUUUGUUUUCAUUUGUAAGCAUGUUAGUAUUUUAUUGUAAAUCGAAGUUCUUUUAUCUACAUGAAAAUUGUGGUAUUGUCUACAUAAGCAACUCAAGCCCAUCCCUUAACCCUUUACAUCCUAACAUCAGUAUGCAUAUUCUCCAUACUGUUCUCUAUACAUUUCCUGAGCUGCUUACAAGGAGAAUUUAUUUAAUUAGUAAUCAGGAGCUUCUUUAGCUGGUGGUCAUUUCCUUUAUUCUGGUGAUUCAGGGGUGAUAUUGUAAGGAGAAUUAGAUGCUAGUCACUCUUAGGGUCAAAAGCUUAAAAUGGUUCAAAGGUGCAUAUGAUAACUUUCCCUCCCUUUGAAAGGACAGAAGAGAAGUACUUUGGCUAUCACAUAGAAAAAAGGUUACGCCAUCAAACAGCCAUUUUUUUUUUUAACUUUGUAAAAAUUGAUUUGAGCAGGCAAAAGUCAUAUGUAUUGGUUAGCUAGUAUAUAUAAAAGUAGUGACACAACUUUUUUGCUAUUCUCAUUUUGGACCUUAUCUUCCCAGUCAUUACUUGUAAAAAACCUUUCAAAACCGUCUUGCAUGUUUUGAGACUCAGCACAGUGGGCUGUCUUCAGUCCAUUGUUCAAACAUGUGCCCUACUUUCCCCACUGUUUUACCUGCGCUCACCAAUAUUAAGCAUUACUCAGAAAAAAGGCAGUAGAUUACCAGCACUGGUACUGGUGACAAGAGGUCACAAAUCUGGAGCUAAAUUAGGAUCAGUAUGAUUUCCUUUCUUGAAACCUGUUUUCUUCAUGUAUGCGAGGCCAAUGGACAUGUGAGUUGAUUCAUAAACAAAGUAGUUCUCUGAUAACACUCUGGUUAACAGGCCAUUUCUGAGUUCUCUCAGUUCAGUGAUCUGGUGGUGCCAAAAUUAUGGUGCAAGAAUGAGGCCAAGUGCAAAGUCAGAGGCUCUAAUCAGCAUAAAGAAUAAAGAGACUUGGUAGUAUAAAUGAGCAAAACUUUGUCAAAAUUCAGCAUGGAAGAGUGAAAAAUUAUUUGUGGGGGAAAAGCAUUCAGCUAAGUGAUGGUGGCAAGGAAAAAAAAAAGCAGAACUAUACAAUAUAUGCAAUUGUUGCCAAUUCAACUGUCAAAAAAUGCUCUUUUAAUCUAGAGCCUACUUGUUCCCUGUUUGAAGCGAAAAAUAUUGCAUUUUUCAACUCAAGAAAAUAGAAUAUGACAGGGAACUUGUGAAGUAUUGUCUGCAAUUUAAUAAAAAAAAACUUAAUGUCUUGGGUUCCUACCUAGCCCUAAAAAAUUGCUCUGAACAGGGAAAUAUUGUUGAGUUCAAGCUACAUGUAGUGUUGAAGAGAAAAUUUUUGUUGAUGCACCUGUUAUCUUUGGAUUAUUUCUGUCAUCAUCAAGGUUUGUUUACAAGUGAUAUGACAAACGUUUUUUGUCCCAUGCAACUACUAAUGUGGCAAGGUGAAAUCAACUUGUGUUGGCAUAACAUUUUCUUGCGUUUGCUGUGGUCUUUCUGUGAUAAAAUUCAUUUGAAAACUUGAAUGGCAUCUAAGUGAGAAUUUUUUGGAUGAUGAAACAAUUGUCUUGUAUGAAUUGUAUUUUAAUGAGUGGUUGUACCAAACUGUAAUAACUGUAAAAGAGUUGUAACCAGUAUUGGUAGAUUUAAAACUGUCACUUACACAGUUAAUUGUCACUUACACAGUUAACAUUAUGCAAGCAGUACUGUAACCUGCACCUACCUAUUACCCACAGCAACAGUCAUUUACUGAUAAUUGAGCUGAUUACCUGGUGGUAAACAGCCAGAAAUUAGGGUAUUAAUUAAUUAUUAAUUAUUUGCUGAUCAAUAUGAAAGACAAGGACAAACCUACAAGUGAUAAAAAACAAGUGACUAAGGUUGUUGAGAAAAACAUACUCCAAGUAUUAGUUCCUAUACAUUAAGGAACCUGGCUGAGGGAUUUUUUGUCAUUUUCAGCAACUUUGUGGAUUACUACACAGUGCUGAAUCUUCAGAAAGCCUUACUGCUCAAAUCCUAAAUUUCAAAAUGCUUUAUUUUCAAUUCCAUCACCUCAUAGUGCAAUGAAUUUGAUUGACCUGUGUUAUAUGUGCAGAGAAAAAUGAUUUUGGUAAAGACCUAUAUUCCUUGUUUGUAGUCAUUUGCACUCAGCUUGGAAUACAGGUAAAUAAUUAAAUGUUUUUCAGUUUCCUCUGAAGAUUUGAGUUAUCAGGAUUGGACUGUAUUUUGAUGUAAUUUAUAUUUUUCUGAUUGUACAUGAUUGUUCAUGAAACUUUACAACAACUGAUUUAAAGGUUUCCUCUUAAUUGCACUGGUAUAUUUAUUGGUUGUUUACAUCACACAAAAUGGUCACAGGGAUUGUAUGGCUUGGCUUUUAUAGCCUUUCAAGGGUGUCUGAUCUACUCUUUACACCCUAACAUCAGUAUGCAAGGUAUCUAUACUGUUCUCUACACAUUUCCUUUGUACAAUCAAGAGCUUCUUGAGUUUGCAACCAUUCUUUUAUUCUCAUGACCUUAUUUAGUGAUUGAUUCAGGGUGAUACUGUCAGGAGAAAUUAGAUGCUUAUCAACCUUUACGGUUUAAAGGGUUAACACAUGUUUUGUUAUCAUUUGAAUUCUAGGAGGCCCGUGUUGCUGAGCUUGAACAACUAGUGAAAGAAAAAGAAGCCAUUGUGAAGAGACUGAAAGAGAGUAUAGGUGAAAGGAAAUAA